UUAAAAACACUAUUUUAGGGCUAAAAUUUCUGUUCCGAAGAAUUUCACUCAGCUCCCCCUUUUAUCUUUGGUUUGCUUGUCUUUUAUUUAUUGAGUCCUUCUCUGAGUAAACUCUUUUACCUUACAAAAUUUUGAUCAUGGAUACCGACGUCGACAUGUACGAUGGAAGCGAUGUGGAUUACAGUGACGAUGACGGCCUCAUCAACUGUGGAGACAGUGACGCCGGCGAUGACAUCAUCGAUAACGAUUCCGAUGAUCUUCCCCCUGAAAAAAACUACGUCGUUUUGUCCGUCGAUGAUAUUGGCCGUCUCAUGGACGAUGAUAUCUGUAAAGUUUCGUCUGUCCUGUCAGUUUCGAAAACUGAAGCAUCGGCUUUACUCCGGCGGUAUAAUUGGAGUGUAAAUAAAGUUCACGAAGAAUGGUUUUCGGAUGAAUCCAAUGUUCGAGAAGCUGUUGGUUUGAAAAUACAGGAGGAAAAAGUUGUUCAAUUUCGGGAAUCAAAGGAGGUAACUUGUGGAAUUUGCUUUGAGGAUUAUUCUUCUUCCGAUGGAAUUUUGGCUUCUGGUUGUGGUCAUCCUUUCUGUGUUGAAUGUUGGCAAGGGUAUAUUUGUAAUUCAAUAGCUGAUGGUCCUGGAUGUUUGAAUUUGCGAUGUCCAGAACCCUCUUGUAAAGUUGCUGUCACGCAGGAUAUGAUCGAUAAGUUAACGUCUGAUGAUGAUAAAAACAAGUAUUAUGGAUUUCUUUUUCGUUCUUAUGUUGAGAUAAACAGGAAGAUUAAGUGGUGUCCUGCUCCCGGAUGCAACUUCGCAGUUGAAUUUGAUAUAGGGAGUGAUAAUUGUGAAGUUAUAUGUGGUUGUUCUAAUUAUUUUUGCUGGAAUUGUACAGGGGAAGCUCAUCGUCCUGUUGAUUGUGAUAUGGUGGUUAAGUGGAUGGAGAAAAAUAAUGCGGAAUCAGAGAACACGAAUUGGAUUCUAGCUUACACAAAGGCUUGUCCUAAAUGCAAGAGGCCGAUUGAAAAGAACGCAGGGUGUAUGCGAAUGACUUGUAGAGACCCUUGUAAGUAUCAGUUCUGUUGGCUGUGCCUUAAUUCUUGGGAAACUCAUGGGUAUAAUCCAUGUAACAAGUACACGCCAGGGAACGAAGAUGAGCUAAAGAAAGAAAUGGCCAAGCAAUCUAUUGAGAAGUACACACAUUAUUACGAGAGAUGGGCUGCUAAUGAGAAGUCAAGGAAAAAAGCUGUAGAAGAUUUGAGGAGAAUGGGGGAAGUAAAUGUUAAGGUGCUGAUUAAAUUGCAGUCCUUACCAGAGACACAAUUAAAGUUUAUAUUAGAUGCCUGGAAGCAGAUUGUUGAAUGUAGAAGGGUGUUGAAGUGGACUUAUGCGUAUGGGUUUUACUUGCCUGAUGAAGAACACACAAAAAGACGGUUUUUUGAGUAUUUGCAAGGCCAGGCAGAGGCUGGUUUGGAGAGGCUUCACCUCUGUGCAGAAAAGGAACUGGAGAUUUUCCUGAAUGUUGAAGAAGGUAAUUCCAAAACAUUUGAUGAUUUCCGUAUUAAGCUUACUGGUCUGACUAGUGUGACUAAGAAUUACUUCGAGAAUUUAGUUAGAGCACUUGAGAAUGGUCUUGAAGAUGUAGAUUCGCAAGGAGCUCUUUGCAACAUAGCAACGAGCUCCAAAAAUGCAGCUGUGAGCAGCAAACGGAGACUACUGGGUGGGGACAGAAAGCUUGUCAAGACAAGAACUGAUAGAAUAAUGACGCUCAUGAGAAUUAGAACUGCAAAACCACCUAACACUAACAACACUGCAAGCUCGAAACGUGUCUUAGUUGCUGGUGGAGGAAAUACGAAUGGCUCCAAGAAUCUUGUUAUAAGUGGACACAACACUUUGAGAACAUCAAAAAAUCCACUUGAAGAUGGAGGCGGCAUAUAUAUGGGAUCAAAAGAUGCACCUGUAGAAGCAAGGAAUCAUGCUAUGGCCUCUCAAUUUUUACCACUAGCUGGGAUGAGCAGCACAACCGGCUCGAGUAAUUUACAGCUAGCUGGGAGCAAAUUUAUGGGAUCAAAAGAUGCACCAGUAGCAGCAAGGAGUUACACAAGCUCACAAUUUUUACAUCCAGCUGGGGUGAGCAGCACAACUGGCUCGAGUAAUUUACACCUAGCUGGGGGCAGCAAGGUAAUGAACAUUGGAGGAGGCACUUUGAAAAACUUGGCAAAUGCACAUGUCGCUGGAAGUAACAAUCUCACUGUGUCUAAAACUCCACAUGUGGCUGGGAGCAGCAGCAGAACAGGUGGUGGGAAAAAGCGUAGGACAACAAAUGCUGGGGCAUCCUUAAUCAUAAAGUUGGAUGAUGACGGCUUAGUAGAUGCAACUUCUGCCACAGGAGCUUCAUUAACACAAAAUCUGAUUGAUGAUUUGGAAGGUUGGGCAUGCGAUUCGUGCACAUUUCUGAAUGCUGGCUCUACCACGACAUGCCUAAUGUGCAGUGAAGAUGCUUCUGGCAGUUGGGAAUGCGAAACGUGUACCUUUCUCAAUAAAAAGUAUGCUUCCACAUGCCAAAUGUGUGGUGAGCACCGUAGAUGAAGUCCUUGCACCUAAAAAUAAAUGGCUACCCAGAUGAUACUCUUGGCAAUAAGUUAGUUUUCGCAUUAUUCUACCUUACCGUUUUAGUAGUCUUAUGUUCUGCUUUUUGGUCAAUAGCUACCUAAAAGUUUCAUAUCAGUUGAUACAUUGGCUUUGAGAGUGGUUUAGUUAUAAUUAUGUAAGAGAUUCCUGAUAAUUGAGGUGAUACACUUUUCUUGAGGUA